AUAAAAACGAACUGAAUAUGCUGGGCCGUCUAAUGGUGACCAUGCUGAAAUCAUUAAAAUUGAUAACGUGGCAAGAAAAGCCCGACGAAAUAAAAUUUCCUGAAUAAUAUGAGUAUUGAAGAAGCGGAAGAAAUAAGUCUACCUGAAGAAGAGGAAGAGACUAUUAAUAUUGGCCUUUACAUUGGUGGCCGUAAUUCGAAAGGAGAGCGUGAUGGACGCGGUUGGGCAAUAUUACCGAAUGGUGAUCAAUACGAUGGGCAGUACCGCCACGGCCGAAGACAUGGCAUGGGUUUGUAUGUUUUUAAGGCCGGCCCACGUUAUUAUGGCCAAUAUCGCUGUGGCCGCCGUUCAGGUCGCGGAUUAUUUGUUUAUCCCGAUGGCAGUGUCUAUGAGGGUAUGUGGCGCAAGAAUGUGAAACAUGGUAAGGGUCGUUACACGUACUCUAAUGGAGAUACAUACUGCGGCAGCUGGUACCGCGGUCAACGCCAUGGUGUAGGCGUCUACACAAGGGGUCUGCUGCUGGCAUCUCCAGACUGUGGACCGCUGCAAUUUAAAGGAACUUGGCGUAAUGGUGUACGGGUAGGCCCUUUUACAUUUACAUUCGGUAUAGAAGAAAAAUCGACUAGUCUCCAUGGCAUUUGGGAUAAUCUUUUCCCACAAGGACCAGCAGUUUUCAGUUUUGAUAAUUAUUAUUUGCUUAUGGGUUAUUUUCAAUCACCGGGACGGGCGAUGCAAGCGAAUCGUAAAGUAGGAGUGGAAGCUGAUGACAUGGAAGAAAAUGAGCAAGAAGAAAACGAUCGUGAGCAAGAUGUUUGGAUCGACGAACCUUCACUAUGGUACGCUCAGGAUAUUUGCUUAUAUGACUAUUCCUUACUUCCGCAAGAGCCAGUACCGUUACCAUUAUCCGAUUCCGAGAUAUCGGUAUGCUCUCUUGUCACUGCUCCUAGUGAAGUAGGCAUAGAGAAAAGUAUAUCAUAUGUGCCAGAAGGCGAAGGCGAAGAGUUUGAACAAGAGGAAGGUAUAUGCGAACAUGAAUAUAGUCUUACUGAAUGUGAGAGCUCAAGCCAGAUAUGCCCUGUUAAAGAUCCUUGUGCUAUUGAGAUAACCAAUCAGAUGAAAUGCUAAAAGGAAUCACACUGAGCUACUUUUUAUUUUUUAUUAAACAUUUUUAAUAUUAAACGAACCUUCAUCAAUUUAUAUUCACACGUUUUUGGAUUUAUCUUAAAUUGAAGUCAUUCUCGGCAAAUAUGAUACAGGUUUAGAGUAUCCUCAAUAAAUAUUACAAGUAUAUUCAAUAUAUCCAAUAUAUGAAGUCUUUUUGCAAUCUUCUUACUUCAUUGGAUUCAUGUAGUGCAACUAUUUACAUGAUUAUUCAGCCGCAUAAAGUCUUGGAAAAAUGUGUUGUCGAAAGUGCGAAAAUGUGGAUUUUUGGUGAAUGGAAAAUCUAGGUCCAAAUGUGCCCCAUGCUUUUAUUUAUUGUCGUAAAGAAGUGUUGAAGAUAAAAUUUAUCUUUCACUUUUUAUUUCGUUGAAACGUAUUGUUCAGGUGAAGUUGUCAAUUCACCAUUAACAUUCUACUCCCCUACCGCUUUAAUUUGAAGGCAUUUUUAAGAAAAAUAUUUCUACCAUGUCGUGACGGUCACCAUAAUUAAUUUAGACUUAACGUCCUCAGCUUAUCGCAUUUUACUCUCAGAGUCCUUUUAUUUAAUACCCAUAUCGCUGAUGUCCGUCAUAUUCAUUUUAAAAUUAACCCAUUUUUAGGCAGCUAAUAUAUCGUUAUUUGAUGAAUGUAUGUCUUGUUUACCUUAUAAUUAAAAAAAAAAAGACCUCAAAAAGGUGAAAAAAAUAAAAUUGAAUCACUUGUAACUUUGUUUGGGCAUGGCCGAUUUUUUCCAAUUUUUUGCAUAAAUAGUAGAGAUUUUCGUUAGGUAAAUGUGGCAAAUGUCAGCCUUCUAUAUUUUAUAUUAUAAUUUGCGAGUAAAGAGCCGCAACACACAAAUUUUUGUUCAGAAAAAUGGAGUUGCGUUCACUUUACGUUUCAAUGCGGGCUCGUGUUGUGGCCCAUUUUCAACAUUAUUGCGUGCAAGAUUCAAGUCAAUAUCUUCAAUUUUACGACCAGGAGAAUGUCCACGCAUGUACACAGAAGGACAGACACGUCUUAACCAAUUCAGAAUUUCAUUUUGACCAAGAAUAUAUCCACGGUAUAGCGAGUAGAAUGAAUGAAAUCUCGAUAAUCUUUAUAAUAGAUUCAAUUUUUGUGCACAUGUUGUACAAUGUACUUGAAAAUGCGUGCCGUAGUUUCUGUUGUGCGAGUAACGAGCAAAAAAA